GAUGGAAGAAGUAGUUGGGAGUAAAGGAAAAGAGAAUUUAUCAAGAAUUGGGUUUACUAAGCAAAUGGUUUCAAUGGGCCACCAAGCUAGUGGAGCUCUUGAACUUUGGAAUUAUCCAGUGUGGAUGAGAGAUCUUAUUGCCCAAGAUGUUGAUGGAACUGAUAGGCCACAUCAUAUUGACCUUGCAGCCCUUGAAAUUUAUAGAGAUAGAGAAAGAAGUGUUGCUAGGUACAAUGACUUUCGAAGAGGAAUGCUACAAAUUCCUAUUUCGAAAUGGGAAGAUUUGACGGAUGAUGAAGAAGCAAUCAAAACACUUCGUGAAGUAUAUGAUGAUGAUAUAGAAGAGUUGGAUUUACUAGUAGGACUCAUGGCGGAGAAAAAGAUUAAAGGAUUUGCCAUUUCAGAAACUGCAUUUAACAUAUUCCUUCUCAUGGCAAUAAGGAGGCUAGAGGCAGAUAGAUUUUUCACAAGCAAUUACAACGAGGAGACGUACACAAAGAAAGGAUUGGAGUGG